AUCGCCAUCUCCGGUCUCCGCCACCCACGCAAUGGAAGCAUACAACUCCUCCACUCCCAACCUGGCCACGCACCUGAACGCGAUCCCAGUGCCACCACGCGAGAUACCAAGAUCCCAAGCGCACGCAAGCCCAUUCCCAGCUGCUCCCGCUCGGAUUCCACUCGGACUCCGCCGCCACCACCCAAGCCACGCCACGCCGCGCACGCGCCCAAGCAAGGGAGAGAAGAAGCGAAGGAAGGACAAGGCGGAGCGCGAUCGCGAAGCAAGAACCGACCCACCCCGUGCGAUUGAUCGAUCGGUCGGUCCCAUGGGGCGGCGGUCGAGCGCGUCCGUUGCGGCGGAGCCGCUGCUGCCGUCGGCGCUGAAGCGCGCCGGGCGGGCGGCCGCCAUGGCCGAGCGGUGCGCGUCGCGCGCGGACGACGAGCUGCAGUGGUUUCGCUCCUGCCUGCGAUGGGUGUGCAUGGACCACUCGGGCCCGGGCCAGGCCGCGCUCUCGUGGCUGCUCUUCCUCGUCCUCGCCGUGCUCGUCCCGGCCGCGGCGCACUUCCUCCUCGCCUUCCGCGCCUCCCGCCAGCCCUUCUCGGCCGUCGUGCAGCUCUCGCUCUCGGCCGCCUCGGCUGCGAGCUUCCUCUGCCUCUCCUCCUCCUUCCGCCGCAUCGGGCUCCGCCGCCUGCUCUACCUCGACAAGCUCCGCACCAAGAGCGACCGCGUCAGGCUCAACUACACAGCCCGCCUCGCCUUCUCCUUCCGCCUCCUCGCCUUCCUCGUCGCGCCCUGCUUCGCCGCCGAGGCCGCCUACAAGGCCUGGUGGUACGCCACCUCCGCCGACCGCGUCCCCUUCUUCGCCAACGAUGUCCUCAGCGACGUGCUCGCCUGCUCCCUCGAGAUGGCAUCCUGGAUGUACCGCAGCGCCAUCUACCUCCUCACCUGCGUUCUCUUCCGCCUCAUCUGCCACCUCCAGGGGCUCAGGCUCGAGGACUUCGCCGGCUCGCUGCUCGUCGAGGUCGAGGAGGGGAGGACCGGGGUCGAGCGCGUGCUCCGGGAGCACCUCGACAUCCGCAAGCAGCUCAAGGUCAUCAGCCACCGGUUCCGCAAGUUCAUCGUCGCCGCCCUGCUCAUCGCCACCGCCAGCCAGUUCGCCUCCGUUCUCCUCACCACGCGCCGUGACUCCGUCGACGACCUCCUCAACACCGGCGAGCUCGCGGUGACUAUGUUCAGUUGUGCUCAUGUCCGGGCUCAUCAUAAUCCUGAGCAGCGCUGCCAAGAUCACUCACCAGGCGCAGGCCCUCACAGGCCACACCACCAAGUGGCACGCCUGCUGCACCAUCGAGCCGAUCCCGGACGAGGAAGCAGAACCUGGGUCCAACCACAACUCCAUGCUCGAAGAAGGCCCGGCGAGCUACAGCGACACCGAGUCCAGCGAAGAGACCGGGGACGAGGACCUGCUGGAGAACACAAAGUUAAUGCUUCCCAAUGCGCAUGUCAUCUCCUUCCAAAAGAGACAAGCACUAGUGACCUACCUGGAGAACAACAGAGCCGGGAUCACCGUGUUCGGGUUCACUCUGGACCGGUCGUACCUGCACACGAUAUUCAUGCUCGAGUGGACGCUGUUCUUGUGGCUGCUGGGCAAGACGAUCGGCUUCUCGUGAAAGAAGACGACGAUGGAAGAACGCACUUGCGUCGUCCAGGUGGUCGUUCUGGGAAGCUGAACCGUGCUUUGGUUGCCUUUUUUGGGGGGUGAGCUGUGCAUUUGAUCAUCGUGGAGGGGGAGGCCUUUUUUUGUGUGUGCGCGUGCGACUGGCACGGGAGUGUUGUACGUGUAUCGUGUAUCGUGCACGGCGUGUGUAUGUAUGAUAGCGAUUUUGUAUGAUGUGUUUAGAAUGCGUCUUGAUUGCCCGUGUCGCAUUGCCUUGUAAAUUUGUUUUGUAGAGCACUCUGCAGUGUGCAUUGAGCGUGCAGAUGGGUUUAUAAUCUCGUGUUGUAAGCCAACAACAUGUUGUAGAGCAAAUUUUACGAUGUAAAGAUUCUUGGGGUCUUUUUUAUACAUUUUUCUUCAGGAGAGUUGCGGUAA